AUGGAAGACAUUGUCAAUUUGUUGGAGACUUACCGUGGUCGGGAUAAAGUCAUUCGUCUUUGCUGUUAUGGAGCGAUGUUGUUGGCAGGCAAGGAUGGAAAAAAUAGUCGAUUAUUACGAGUGAGUGCUGCUUUGUCCGACUGUCGAGUUGUACUUCGUUUAUUUGACGACAUUCCCAUGUUGGCUUACAGUCUUCAAUAUGCUAAUUCCGCAGCAAAAGAGGAGAACUGGGUUUUACAGAAAAUAGGUGUGGCCAAUAAUAUUGCUGCUCAUCUUUAUUAUAUUUUAGAAAAAGUGGCUUGGCUGGCAGACACACGAGUCUUGUCUGUACACUCAUCACCCUGGUGGACAAGGGCCACUUACAUCUGGCUUUUUUCCCUCAUUGCUGAAAUUUUACAAGUUUUAAUGAAGUUGAAGAAAUUACAUGAAACUCGCACUUUAUUCCUGCAGCAACCAAACAAUCAAAGUGGCCUCCCAGAAACACAGAUAAAGCUGCAGAGAUUGUCUCAAGAGAAUACAUUCCAUCUGCUGACCGUUUUGCAAAACUUUACAGAUUUGAUCUGUGCUGUCCAUUGGCUGCCUCCUGGCCGCCUUUGGUCAGGGAAACUCUCUCACGUGACAGUCGGCCUGCUUGGUUCUAUCUCUUCAAUGAUACGUCUUUAUCAUGUUUAUUUGCAAAACUCCAAGAAGUCCAUGAAGACAUCCAAGUAA